GCGUUCAUGUUAGUCAGAUCUGAUUGUUGGAAGACAUAAGUGAUUCUUCGCCUAUUAGUUGUGAGAGAAGGAGCGAUUGAGUGGAUUUGAUCCGAGGUGGGAGAGCUUGGUCUCGGUUAGUUAGGCUGAGAUUGAAUCGGUGAUUCGUUCCGUGCAUAUCCAUUGAAAUUAGCUGCUGGUCCAGAUAUGACACGCUCCAUGCAGAUUCUGCCCCUCAACAUUGAUUAUUAAUUACAUUGUAUUACCAUUGUAGACUAUCCUAAUUGUUAAACAGUAACGGGAGUCUUUGUCGGAUCAUAAAAGCAUUGUUGUAUUUUGAUUUUUUUUUUUUAAACUCACCUUUUUUAUUUAUAUUUUAUUCCAUUAUCGCGGUAUGACUUGUGAUUUGAUAGUUUGAUGGGGCUCUUACGGAUUAUGAUGCCGCCCAAGUUUCAGCUCCUGGCGGUCUUGGCGUUUGGAGUGGCGAUGCUUUUCCUGGAGAACCAAGUCCAGAAACUGGAGGAAUCUCGGGGCAAGCUUGAGAGGGCCAUUGCGAGGCAUGAAGUGCGGGAGAUUGAACAGCGCCACACCAUGGACGGCACUAAAGAUGUGGUUUUAGAUGAGAGCGAUGAUGUGGUCAUUAUUUACAACCGGGUCCCUAAAACUGCAAGCACCUCCUUCACAAACAUUGCCUACGACCUGUGCGGCAAAAACAAAUACCACGUCCUGCAUAUCAACACUACCAGAAACAACCCUGUGAUGUCCUUGCAAGACCAGGUUCGAUUUGUGAAGAAUGUAACGUCUUGGAAGGAGAUGAAGCCUGGAUUCUACCAUGGACAUGUAGCCUUUUUAGACUUUGCAAAGUUUGGAGUGAAGAAGAAGCCCAUCUACAUCAAUGUUAUCCGGGAUCCUAUCGAGCGAUUGGUGUCCUAUUAUUACUUCCUACGCUUCGGGGAUGAUUACAGGCCGGGGCUUCGGAGGAGAAAACAAGGAGAUAAAAAGACCUUCGAUGAGUGCGUCUCCUCUGCAGGCUCCGACUGCGCUGCAGAGAAGCUCUGGCUUCAGAUCCCCUUCUUCUGUGGUCACAACUCUGAAUGCUGGAAUGUCGGAAGCAGAUGGGCUUUGGAACAAGCCAAAUACAACCUGAUUAAUGAAUACCUGCUGGUUGGUGUGACCGAGGAGUUGGAGGAUUUCAUCAUGAUGCUGGAGGCUGCGUUACCACGCUUCUUCAGAGGAGCUGCUGAACUCUACCGCACAGGAAAGAAAUCGCAUCUGAGAAAGACGUCUGAGAAGAAGCCGCCCACAAAGGAGUCGAUCGCGAAGCUGCAGCAGUCCGACAUCUGGAAAAUGGAGAACGAAUUCUACGAAUUUGCACUGGAACAGUUUCAGUUUAUCAGAGCGCACGCCGUGCGGGAAAAGGACGGGGAGCUGUACCUCCUCGCUCAGAACUUUUUCUAUGAAAAGAUCUACCCCAAGAUGAACUAGAGUGCCAGACUGUAACUGAGGAGAUAGGCAGCCUGCAGCACUGGUCUCAUUUCAUGUGCACCUGGGAGGGAGAAGGCAGAACGGGCACUGCAAAGGACACCCGGACUGAGUCUCUAAAAUCUUAUCUGUCUAUGGAGAGUCCCAGGCCAUUGCCAAACAUUCACUGCACCAUUGAUACUAACUCUUCCAUUUCUGUAGCAGUUCUCCUCUAUCAGGCUUCAGAAAGUCAUAUCUGUAUGUGAACAAACAUGGAACCUUUUGUUUACAGAAAUCCGUCAGGUUUAUUCAUGUUGGACUUGCACAAUGUACUGCUGUUGUCUUCUGCUUGUUACUCAGUGUCUUCCGGUCUUGGGAGAGAUGCACAUUCUGUCUGUCUUUAUGUCUCUCUGUCUGUCCACCCUUUUAACAGCUAGCUGAUGCAUUAUUAAAAACAGUGACAUCUUGCAAAGGGUGAGAUGAAGUUGAGCGGACUCUGUGUACCAAGACUCUUCCUGUCACUUUGACAAGUGUCCCGUUUCAUUUCGUGUUUUCUAUUUGUAUUUUUUUUGGCGGGUGUUUUUAAUUUCACUAAGGCGGAAGCAGCUGGACAGUUUAACCGGCCCCAUUAACAGGGAAAGGAAUUUUAAAAAGUCCAAAAGGAAACUGUGGCGGGUGGAGCUUUUCAAACUGGAGUUCAAAGAUGCCAAUGCUGAACACAGUAUGAAACAGGAGAUGGAGAGAUAUGCCAUGGUCAGCUUUUGGAUGUAUCAACAUUUUCAAUAAUAAAAAAAAUCAACCAAAAGAUGAGGCUGGCUGUAAAGGCCAUACCAGCAUUGGCUGGACAUUCUGUUAGCGGUCCCAUUGGGAGAGGGGGGUGGGAAGUGGGAGACACAGCUGUUUACACACACGUGAUCCAUUGUGUGAACAGGAGUUUUGUCUUCUGUUAACCAAUUGUGGUACUGUAUGUGUGUGUUUUUUUUCCCCUGCAUCUUGUAUACCUUUACCUGUAGAAGUAUUUUUUACUAGGGUGCUUUAUAAAGUGUUUCCAAUCAUAGUAAUUAAAAAAAAAAAAAAAGAAAAUAAUCAGCUGCUGUAUAUAUUGCAUAUUUUAUGUAUUUGGACCAAAAGGUUAUAAAAAAAAAAAAAAACUUGUUUUAAACUUUUUUUUUUUUUAUGUAAUACCAGUUUUAUUACAUGUGGUGUAUGUUAAAUCUACUACUAUUACUAAUAUUGCAUAUCCAUUAGCAGGGUAUUUUGGGUUUUCAUAGUUCAAGUGGUAUUUAUCAAGGUUACGAAGUCCCAUACAUGCCUAUAUCACACUGACAACACCGAACAGAAAUACGUUUCGCUGGUUUUUUAGUGUUUUUUUGUACCAAUCGGUAUCUGUUUGUGUGUUUCAAUAUUUCUGCUUGAGGGCAUUGGACUGAAAUUGAUGAUGUUGUGUGUCUUCAUGGAUGAGAUACACUUUCUGGAGCUUAAUACUUUUUAAGGGGGAGUGUAGCAUAGCCUGCAGAUUCAACCUGCAUCCCACGGGCUGACUAAUGAACUUCAGCACUGUGCUUUGAUCAGCCUGUCUGCUGUGUGCUCUUCUAGCCCGUCAGCUGAUCCAAAACAUGAAUGGGGUGGGGGAGGGGGGCUUCCAUAUCUCCAUAUAACAGUGAUUGAUCCUUGAACAAAAGAAACCCAGAGGGAACCUUCUUGAUGCUCAUAUCCCAUUUAAUUUGGCAGGCCAGAUUGCAAAUUCUUUAUUAAAUUAUUAAGACGGAGCCCCCCUGCUGUCUAGAGUACAAAUCCUCCAGCACCGCUUAAAACAGCAUUGGUGAGCUAAGUGACUGCUGAAGGAGAGCUUUUAGACUUUGGCAGUAGGAAAGUGUUUUAACUUUUUGGACCCCAGCAAUUUUGUAGUUACUGUACGUGGCUCUCCACAAACAAAUUAAAUGCGGACCACUGUUUUAAAUGUUUUAAAAACAUUGGGUUGCAUGGCACUUACCCAUAUAUUAUUAUGUGGGGUUUCAAUUUUGAUCAUUUUUGCUGUUUUGGACUUUUGUAAGGUUAGUGUUGUAUCCAGGACUCGCGAGAAGAGAAAGCUUCGAGUUCUUGACAAAGUACGGUUACAGGGACAAAGUUUGUCCAUUACUAUGCAGGGUGAGGCUGAUGCAUUAUAGACACAUAGAGUUAAUUACAGAAAAGGACUUUGUGUAGCUGUUUCAGCUAGGUUUUAGGAUCUGUCCAUCACUGUCAGGAUGUAGAAAUCAAGGUACAUUUUAGUUUCAUGCAUCAUGACAGUCUACUGAAGUGAUUUACUACUUUUGUUUAGUUUAUCCAAGAUGAUAUUUUUUUUAGUUAAACAGCACUGCAGAGUUCUGGGAAACGAUGAUGCGUUUGUUGCCAUGUGUUCAUCUUAGUAACGUUAAUCUGCAUUCAUGGGAAACAGGGUAUGCAAGUCAAUCGAGAUUUAUGAAGCAGUAGAUUGGAGGACUGCUGUUUCCAUCAUGCAGUGACAGGAUUUUCAAUUCUGAUACAGAAGUAAACGAAGUUGUUCUGAAAGCAAUUUUGACAGAUCUUUGUUGUAAAACUAAAGGGGAGACCUUUUUGCAUGUUGUUUUUCUUUUAUUGGAAUAACUGAAACCAUAACUUGUUUUGAAUGUAAUCAAUGGUGAAAGAUACAAGUAAGUUAACAGUGCCUUCUUCAUCACAAUCCACACGGUCUGAUGAGAAACCAAAACCACUCAUUGUGUGCAAUGAUACCACAGCUUGUUGAAUUGGGAAUGUUUGUGUUACCUUAAAACUUAAACUGCCAGCUUUUGUUUUGUAGUUUUUUUGUUGUUGUUUUUGUUUUUCAUGUUUUAAAAAAUUCUCAAAUAAAUAUCAAACUUAAAGAUGAA